CCAACAUGGCUCAAUUUAAGUUGCAACUGAUCUUCCUGGUUUUUCUAUUCUACCAACAGAAUGUUAAAGCUGAAUCCAGACCAGUUGAACGCAUUAUAAAUGGAUUCCAUGCAAACCCAAAGCAAUUUCCAUAUCAAGUACUUCUAAAUAGACAAACACGAACUGAAUGGGAACCAUUUUGUGGUGGCGUUAUAAUAUCAAAGAGAAUAAUCCUUACAGCAGCUCAUUGUAUUAAGGAUAACUUGAAUGUCGUUAAUAUUUAUUUUGGAGCCGUGGCUAGAUUAAAUAUUAAGGAAACGGGUCAACAACGUUUAAUAGUAAAGCGGAAAAAUAUUGUGGUGCAUCCGGAGUGGGAUUAUGGUCAAACUAUCAAUGAUAUAGCUGUGAUCAGACUGCCAGCCGAUCUACAAUUCGAUGAGUAUAUUCAACCUGCAAAGUUACCUGAUCCAACUCAACCUUAUGAUAAUGAAAGUGGUGUCGUUUCUGGUUGGGGUAUUACUUCAGUUCCGGGCUCAAUGUCUAAGCAAUUAAUGUAUUUUAAUGUAACCAUUCUGUCAAAUGAAGAGUGCAAGUUUAUUGUUGGAAGGUAUAGAACGAGACAAUUCUUCCCAUCAUCGUAUAUUUGUCUGAGUCCGAGUGAGAGAAGUCCAUGCAAUGGCGACUCUGGUGGCCCAUUGGUCAUAAGGAAUGAGGAUGGUACCAGCACUUUACUGGGACUCACAUCAUUUGGCAUGGAUGGAAAAUGUACGGUCAAUAGACCCGGUAUUUAUACUCGAGUUUCAUCCUUUUUGCAGUGGAUAGGUAAAUACGAGUAAAUAAACAAGUGGGGAAGACAAAAGUCGUAAUCCCGAAUAUAGUA